AUGGCUCCAGCUUCCGCCUCCCUCCUCCCCGCCGCCGGCUCCAAGCGCCCCUUCGCCGCCGACUCCGCCCCCGACGCUGCUGAGCAAGAGCAGCCGCUCGCGCAGGUGAACUGUGGUGACCAGGAGAGCGCGGCGACCAAGAAGAACGGCCAGAGCCAGAGCGAGCAGCAGAAGCUGGAGUGCCCGCGGUGCAGCUCCACCGACACCAAGUUCUGCUACUACAACAACUACAGCACGGCACAGCCGCGCCACUACUGCCGCACCUGCCGCCGCUACUGGACGCACGGCGGCACGCUGCGCAAGGUCCCCGUCGGCGGCGCGUGCCGCCGCGGCUCCGGCGGCAACAGCAAGCGCCGCAGGUCCUCAGCCGAGCCCCACACGCCCUCGUCCGACUCGCCGCAGCCGGACCAGGACGCGGGCCACCCCGGCCCGGACCUGCCGCUCCCGGUCUUCCCGUUCCUCACCGACGGCGCCGUCUUCCUGCCGCAGUUCGACCUCGGGCUCGGCGUGUUACCGUGGACGACACCAGCAGCCACGGACCACCUCUACGACUGGCUCGCGGCGCCGUGGGGUGGCUGUGACGGGGCGCUCGCCCCCGCCGGCGCGUGGGACGACUUCGGCGGCCUCGAGCUCACCUGGCCGCCGCCGCUGCCGCCUGCCGGGAACUGA